UCACCUGAGUUCUUCUCUGUUUUGCCGUCGGAGCAUCGCCAUCCCUUUCCUGUUGUGCCGCAGGACGGGGAGAGCAGUAAUCUCCGUUCCUUCUCCGGCUUGCUGACCUGCACGGGUGCCGGAGCAAUCAAGGUUCUGGGAAGUGCCGCUGCAUGCUGCUCGCCGAUCUGCAUCGCCACUUCCGCUUCUCGAGCUUCGUCACGCUUCCACUUCAACACCGCGUUUCAGUCAAGAACCUUGAUUCGAUCGAUAUGGCUGGACCUACCGAUUUGCUGAAACCUGAACGUUUUGGGGGUGAGAACUUUAAGAGAUGGCAAACCAGAGUUAAAUUCUGGCCGAUGAGUAUGAAUCUAUGGUGGGUGAUAUCCCCACACCUUCCACUCAUGCAAGAACAACAGCGUGAGAUUGAGGUGUCUAGUGACACAACUCUGGGAUGCCUUCUCUCCCUCUUGACGGAUCAGCUUUGUGACAUAUACAUGAGCUAUACCAGCCCCUCUGAAUUUUGGGAAGCCCUCAUACGCAAGUACGAAGAAGCUGAUGCAGGGUGUGAAUUGUACGUCAAUGAAUUGUAUCAUGACUUCCACAUGGUUGAUAGCCGUUCGGUCGUCGAACAAUCUCAUGAGCCUCAGCUUCUGGUGGGGGAACUGGGACACUUUGGCUCAGUCUUGCCUGACAAAUUUGUGGUUGGGGGCAUUAUUGCCAAGCUUCCUCUAGGAUGGAGGGGCUUUGCCACAAGCCUCAAGCAUCGUAGGGAAGCAAUGACCGUGGAGGGUCUGAUUGCUACUCUGGAUGUUGAGGAGAAAGUAAGGGCCAAAGAUGUUCCACAACCUUCCACCCAGGAUACCUCAACUGCAAACUUGGUUGAUUGUGGGGCUGGCGGCUCGAAGAACAUCAAGAACAAAGGGAAAGGAGCAAAACAAACUACUGGCUUUAAAAAGAAGAAGAAAACUAAAGGAGACUUCAACUGCUUUGUGUGCGGUGAGGCUGGCCACAUGGCAAGGAAGUGCCGCAUGCGUAAAGGCAAGAAGGUUAAUCAGCAAACCGUGAAUGUGACUGUUGGCGAGCCAGGAGAAGGAUCUGGACUUGCAGCAGUUCCACCGUCAUAAUGGGGAAUGGAACUCAGGCAGCUGUGCAAGGAGUAGGAAGAGUGGAGCUAAAACUCUCAUCGGGGAAGACUCUCCUACUGAAGAAUGUAAAGCAUGCCCCAUUAAUAAAUAGGAACCAACUUAGUGGUUCUCUGCUAUGUCGUGAUGGUCUAAAGUUAGUGUUUGAGUCAAAUAAAUUUGUAAUUUCCAAAUUUGGUCAGUUCAUAGGAAAAGGCUACAACAGCGGAGGCCUGUUCUGCUUGUCUGUGUUAGAGGAUCUUAAUCUUCUAAACACCAUUUCAUGUUCUUCGUUUAACGAAUAUUGUAUGAGAGAUGCAUCUGUUUGGCACUCCCGGUUGUGUCAUAUAAAUUUCGAUCGUCUUA